UGCUGGAGGGGGACCCUCAUUUCUCUCCAUGGAGCUCUAGGAUGUAGAUGUGAGAAAGGUGAGCAGGAAGGCAGAUGACGACGAGGAACAGCCUGAGCUCCAUGCCCACGGGCACGGCUCAUGGUGACACUGGAGAGGCAGGAACGCUGUCAGCUCCUGAUGCUGGCAUUCGGGACACAGGUUCAGCCACUCAGCUGAAGAUGAAGCCCAAGAAUGUGCACAAGAUUAAGGCACUCAUCGUCGACCUGGGCUCGCAGUACUGUAAGUGUGGCUAUGCAGGAGACCCAAGGCCCACCUACUUCAUCUCCUCCACGGUGGGCAAGCCCUAUGAGGCAGCUGAUGUGGGCGAUGCCCGCAAGGAGAUCUAUGUGGGCCACGAGCUGCUCAACAUUGAGGCACCCCUGAGGCUGGUUAACCCUCUAAAACACGGCAUUGUGGUGGACUGGGACUGCGUCCAGAACAUCUGGGAGUACAUCUUCCACAAGGCCAUGAAGAUCCUCCCCGAGGAGCAUGCCGUGCUGGUCUCCGACCCCCCGCUUAGCCCCAGCAGCAACCGGGAGAAAUAUGCGGAGCUCCUGUUUGAGACCUUUGGCAUCCCCGCCAUGCAUGUGACAUCCCAGUCACUGCUGUCCAUCUAUUCCUAUGGCAAGACCACAGGGCUGGUGGUGGAGAGCGGGCACGGUGUCUCGAAUGUCGUCCCCAUCUCAGAAGGCAACGUGCUGCCAGGCCUGACUGGCCAUGUUGACUAUGCCGGGAGCGACCUCACCAACUACCUGCUGCAGCUGCUCAUCAAGGCCGGCCACAAGUUCACCAAGGACGACGACCUGCACAUCCUUGACCACAUCAAGAAGAUGUGCUGCUACUCGGCUUUCCAGCCUGAGGAGGAGCUUGGCCUGGACCUGGAGGAGCUGCGCGUGGACUACGAGCUCCCAGAUGGCAAGGUCAUCACCAUUGGCCAUGAGCGCUUCCAGUGCGCCGAGAUGCUCUUCAAGCCCACCCUGGUGGGAAGCAGCCAGCCUGGCCUCCCUGCACUCACAGCCACUUGCUUGGGCCACUGCCAGGAGGCGGGCUUCAAGGAGGAGAUGGCCGCAAACGUGCUGCUGUGUGGCGGCUGCACCAUGCUGGAGGGCUUCCCUGAGCGCUUCCAGAGGGAGCUGAGCCUCUUGUGCCCUGGGGACAGCCCCGCAGUGGCUGCAGCUUCCGAGAGGAAGACCUCCGUGUGGACCGGUGGCUCCAUCCUGGCCUCCCUGCAGGCCUUCCAGCAGCUCUGGGUCAGCAAGGAAGAGUUUGAGGAGAAGGGCAGUACAGCUAUCCACACCAAGUGCUGAGUGGAAGCCGACAGGCCAGGCCUCGUGGGCAGGCGACCUCAGGCCACACUCUACCUUUACAGAAUUUCACAUAAAAUUUUAACACAA